AUGCCAGCUUAUCGGAUGCGGACUGGUCACGAAGCGCGAGAGUUUUUCAAAGUGGGCAAGAUUUUUGCCAUGCUAUACACCGAGACCGCAAGCGACACCUCCUUCCAGCACCCCAACGACGAAGCAUACACAGUGAUACGGUUUGGGCAAACCGCACACACUAAUAUUCGCCGCUUCGUUGUUGUAGAAGUGAGGCGGGGUUUCGUGAACGCUUGUGGUAUCGGUACCUAUUCCGGCCGUGGCACUCUCAAGGACGGGUGCAACCCAGCCGAACACACAAUCGUGUACUUCUCCGGAACUGAUCCUGCAUCAUGCUACAUUCCCGGCGAAUAUGAAAGCGGCAUGACCAAAGAGCCAAUCGAGGUUGUGCCAGCUGAACCAAACCUGAGUAUCAGGAGGGAGUCUCGCAUCCGAUUCGGCAAAGUAUAUCCAAUCGAGAUGAACGUCAAAGUCAAAGACAUUGGCCGAGUCCGCGAAGACCAGAUCAGUGCACUGCUCAGCUACUGGCAGCAGGAAAACCACACACCAAUUACGCCUGCUCCCUCAUCUUCGAACGCCUUCUCUUCGAACAGCUGGUCAUCGGGUGGGUUUUCUUCUCAGCGUGUGUAA